UACUGUGUGUCGCCGGUUUUGAAAACUAUCCAGCUUUUGGGAAAAUCGCCAGACCUCAAGGCUGUCUCCAUUCGACUGCUGGUUUUACUCUGGCAGCGCCAGGACCGCUGCUUUCCCCAGCUUCUUCAGGCUGUCAGUGAACCUCAUCAGCCCAGCCUUCACGUCAAGGAUCCUUCAGACACAGAUAAAGUCUUGCUGGCUAAAGCUUCGGCUAUACUGGAGAUCUGCAAGCACAAGCCAGAACUUCAUGGCGCUGAACUGCUGGCGCCACUCUCAGAAAUCCUGCAGUUGGCCGGCAGUGAGAGGGACACCGCAGCUUCU